AUGGAACCGCCGCUGACGUCAGCCACCAUUUCGAUGUCUUCGGAUGCGCUGACGUCAGCGGAUAAGCCCUUGGUCAUCAUUGACGACUCCCACAUGCUGAGCUGGCAAUCUAAUGACAGAAACGAGAGAGAGGCAUAUGCGAAGUUGCGGCUCUUUCUGGACCUUGCUUGCGAAGGCUACUGCCACCUCGUUCUGGCGACAGAGGAGGAUCUUGAACCUGCAAAUCUUUCAGAACUGCUUCAGCGCUACGAGGCGCGUUCUGUAACCCUGGAAUACCUCGGGGAGAAGGAAGUCAAGGACUACCUCAGAAAUGCAACCCCCUGGAACGAUGAGAUGAUUGGGUCUGUAUACGAGUACUUCGGAGGGGAUAUGGGAGAGAUCGGGUGGAUCGUCGGUCUUCACCUUCGGCGAGAGGCAGGCUUAAGCGAGAGCGAAAUCAAAGAGCACCUCGAUGAACGGGCCACACGCGUGCGCCACCGUAUUUACUCUGCCUUGGAGGGGCGCAUCAUGACGAACGAACCAGAUAGGGAAAUGUCUUUGUAUUCACGAGACGUGAUGCUUGACGUCCUGUCUCAGACGGCCGCUCAAGCGCCUGAGCUGGCCAGCGUGAUUGACGGACGUGUGCCGUCUACGGACGUCUGGGAAAGCGUGGCGGAAAAACUCCGGGGGACAAAGGUCCUGUGGCGAAAUGCAGACGCCACUUACGCGUUCCGCUCCCCGUUACUGCGAAGAGCGUUUGUGGAUCUAAAAACCCGUGAGGAGGAGGAGUAG